UUCAACUUCGGUCGAAGCAGUUGCUCGUUUCUUCUUCCUUGAAAGGGAAGCUCCUGCAGCACAAUGUUAAAAAUCGAAAUCGCAACAGUUUUCCUCUUGGCGUUUUUCAUCGCCUGCAGUGCCGACGCCACUAACACCUCCACGCAGACACUUGACGUGGAAAACAUCAACAAUCGGAAGGAAAAAGGUGAAACAACUGCAACACUAAAAUCUAUUCCAGAAUCCAACUCGACCACCCCGUCAGCAACUCUGAUACAAAAUUUCGAGAUUGUGACGAAAAAAUGCAACGUUACGUGUCCGUGUAACUGCACAACUACAACUAAAACCAAAGUUGCUGCAGAAAAGUCAUCCAGUGUUCAUCCGUGGACGAUCAUUUGGCCUGUCCUUCUAGUCACAGAAAACGUCAUAAUCUUAAAAAUCUGUGCUAUCGAUAAAUUCUUUAAAUAAAGAGCAGAACUGAUGCUUUAGUCAAUUGUCCAAAAAAAAUGUAAACUUGCUCAAAUCAACGCUUAAUUAAACACAUAAUACUUAAAAUCAAAAUAAUAAACUGUCAUCUGUCUCUAUUGCUUUAAUCUCUUGUUUCUCGCUUUAUUGAAUUUUUAUAUUAUUUUAUAUUAUUAAUGUUGUACGCCUACGGUGUUUAAUAAACAUUCCAUUCCAUAUUAUUAUAGAAACCAAUAAAACUAAAAUUUUGCGACUGAAAUGUCCGAAUAAGUGAUUGUAAGAACUUUCCCAAAUAAACUAUUUAACAAAACUUAAGUU